AUGGCAGACCUCGAGUUUGACACGGAGAACACCACCCAGGCGCCACCCAACGACGCUGAUCUGAAGAAAGGCUUCGUGCUCAAGGCACCGCCCUGCACCGAUCUCUGGGCUAAGCCUCCGGCAACCGUGCGAUCCAACGCACCUACAGUCUACAAAGCCCUGCCACUGUCGCGGUUCCAACGUGCUCGGGUCCGCGUUAGUGCCCAAUGGAGCACGCUUUACGACCAAGGCGGCCUCGUGAUGAUCCUUCACCGCGACGACGCCCGAAAGUGGAUAAAAACCGGGAUCGAGUUCGUCAAUGGCAAGCCAUACCUGAGCACCGUGGGGAAGGAUAACUGGGCAGACUGGAGUCUGGCGCCGGUUCCGGGCGAUGGGCGCGAAGCGAUCCUCGAGAUGGUGAAGGACAAAGGCGUGCUUUGGGUCUACUCGAUCGAGCAAUGCGAAGACGGCGAGGCGAGGAUUCCGAUGCGCGAGCUGACUUGGGCGUUUGCGGAGGAGCAAGGCGUAGAGUGCUGGGUGGGGAUGUAUGCAUGUCGGCCGGGCAAGGAGGGCGGAGAGCUGGAAGUGACGUUCCGGGAUUUCGAGCUUGAAGUCACAGCCGCGUAG